AUGUCUGAUUCAAAAGAAGAUGAUUUUGCCGAAGACCUUCUUCAACCAAAUAUUGAAAUGGAAAUAAAAAAAGAAAUUAAUAUUCAGAUAAAGCUAGAAGAAGAUGUCGAUGAAGCAAAUGAUAAUCCAUUUCAAAAUAUACAAGUUGAGGUGAAAGAAGAAAUACCUAGUGAACAAGACUUACAUAAAAGUAAUAAAGAUUUAGAAAUAGAGCGACAGGAAAGAGAUGUUGAAGUUAAGGAGGAAUCAGAAGAUAUUGUUUCAUAUGAUUUUCCAAAUUUUGAUGAUAGUAUGGACAGUGAAGAAGCAACAGCUCUGGGUAAUGUAGAAACAUGCCUGCAAGAAGACAUGAAGGAGGAAUGUUAUCAUCAAUUUGAGAACCCUGACAAUUACAGUGAUAGCAUUAAAGAAGAACCUGAUGUAGCAGUUACAGAGACACAUCUUAUAUCAAACAAACUCAUCAGCACAACUUCAACUAUAACAAACCCGCAUGUAGGCAUUAUACAGUCAGAAACUACAAAAACUCUUGUGAUGGAAAUUCAUCCAGUUGUGCCAGAUGAUUCCUACAAUAAAAUGGGUAAUCCUGAAGAAAUUUUACCAACAUCAUAUGAAAAUGAUGACAUAGAUUAUUCAGAGCCUUUUCAAUUAAAUUCCAUAACUGGAAACAUCCUCUCCUUAGAGCAAGAAGCAUAUGGACUUCUUAAAGCAAAAAAACAAAAAGUGAAUUCGGAAAAAAUUUAUACAUGUGCUAAAUGUGAUAAAGCUUAUGAUCGGCCAUAUGCUCUAAAAAAGCAUUUACAAGUUCACCAAACAAUUGAAAAUUACGAACGCGGCAAGAAAAUGCGAAUCAUAACAAGAAUUAAAAACUCAGAAGGCCAUGGAAAAAAAAAGAAAUCUUUGAAAAAAGUCAUAAAUUUAAACGACAUUAAUAAAAUGAAAGCGCGUCAGGAAAGAGUAGACAAACGACGAAUGAAUCUAACAACAUUAGAAGAACAGAAGACUCUACAAGCGGACGAUGCUGACACCAAAAUAGUUGACAUCAAUAUAGAAUCAAAGAAAGAAGGAUAUGAAUGUACUUGCGGACAAGUAUUUCAACGUCGAAGUAGAAUGGAAACGUGUUUUCGAUCUCAUGAUAUAGACGAUGAAGCGCGAUCAUUCUAUUCUUGUAUAUCGUGUUCCAAGCAGUUCCAUGAUAAAGAAGAACUGGCUUCGCACAGAAGGAGACUACAUCGUAAACGGUUUCCAUGUAAAUUCUGCCCAACAGACUAUCACACGCGAAAGGACCUGUUCAAACAUUUACGGAUACAUCAAAAAGUUCAACUCAUGGAAUAUAAAGUUAUAUCAGAAGUAAUGAAUGGUAACCAAAAGUUAAGAUGUUUUAUGUGUGAACAAAGUUACUCGGAGCUGACAGGAUUGAAAAACCACGUAAUGGAAGACCAUAAGGAACCUUACAUUUGUCCUAAAUGCAAUGAAACAUUCCCGAAAAUAAUCGAUUUCGCGCAACAUACGAAAACUGAUCAUCCAGAGGUUGAAGGGCAGUCGGUGUUAGAUGUUUUGGAAGCAUUUUCGAAGUUGGUCAUGGCGUGGAAGUGUGAGGAAUGUGAAGUUCAGUUUCACGAGGCCGAUAAGUUGGCGAAGCAUCAAGUAGAAAUGCAUAGUCCCGAUUUAAAUGCGGAAAUUAGAUUCCAAUGUGACGAUUGCCGCCGUGUUUUUGUUAGUCAAAAAGGUCUGACUUCUCACAGACGAAUACACCAUAAUACGGGCAGUACUGAAGAGCCAGAGACUAUAGAUGGAGUCAUUUGUGUUGAAUGCAGGAAGAUUUGCAGAGACGAAGCCGCUUUGGCUUCACAUAUGCGAUUACAUUCGCCGGAUAGAAAGUAUCCCUGCAAAUUCUGCGAUUUUCGCUUCGCCACACCGGAAAAACGAAAGAUACAUGCCGAAUUACACACCGGUGAUAUGAAAUAUGUCUGUUUUAUUUGCGAGUACCAGUGCACUUCAGAGAAUAGGUUGCGGUUGCAUAAAAUGUCCGAAAAGCACGGGAACAUGAAAGAAUAUCUCCUGUCGGGGCAGGCGAUGGCAGAGAGCCAGAAGAACGACGAUGAAUCUGAUUCGUCAAACGACGACGGCAUCGUUUGUGAUAUUUGCGGUGAAAAAUUUACAAAUACAAAGGUAAUGUUGAAACAUAAAGAAACGCAUCCGUUUAUUGAGUUCCCUAACGAUGAUACGCCUACUAGAAUAUUUUUUAAGUAG